AUGCCGUUGUUUCUAGAACACGAUAUCGAUGUGAGUGAGCAUUAUGACAGUGCUCUUUUUGCUGCAGCAAGCCAUGGCCACGGCGAGGUCGUACAGCUGCUCCUGAGUCAUGGUGCCUGUAAGGAUACUCUAGACACGAGAGGCUCAACAGGGGCCUUGACAGCCCUGAUGUCCGCAGCUAGCCAGGGCUACUCCUCAGUCGUGCGAGUGCUGCUUGACGUUGCCGCCGACACCAGUGUGCAGGACAGCUAUGGCCGUACAGCCCUUCUCCUUGCGUCGGGUGCGAGCAAAACUGUAAAGUUAUCGGACGGCCGGGCGGUUCUCGUUUCUCACCCAGGCACCACCGAGUGCGUGCGACUAUUGCUAGAAGCUGGCGCUGACAAGGAUGAAGGGGAUGAGCAGGGGCGCACCGCGCUCAUUGAGGCAUCUUUGGGAAAUCAUGCGCAGAUUGCCCAGUUGCUUCUGGAGGCAAGGGCCGACGUGCACGUGCAGGACAACUUUGGAAGAACGGCGCUUCUUUGUGCAUCGAACUGCGGCUACAUGGACAUCGUGGACUUGCUUUUGGAGGCGGGCUUGCCCGUGGUGGACUUCGCCGACGAGGUUGAGACGAUGCGGCGCCUGCUGUCGGCCUUUGGCAGAACUUCGCGGAACUACCGAAGUGAGAAGACGCGACGUUGCAUCGAGUUGCUCGAACGUGGUGCCCACGAAGAGAAUCGGCCGGAGCUUUGCAAGAGCUGCAAGGCUUUCUUCAGCUGUCGACAAUCCGAGAAUGCAACCCGGCUCGUCCGGGCAACGCUGACGUCUUGCCAACUGUUGCAAGAACAGCUGGCACUGCAGCCUUGCUGGGCGGUGAGGAUUCUCGACUUGGGUUCGUUGCGCUGCCUGGAUCCACGCACUCUCAAGAUCUUGGUUUCGACGUUCCCAGAACUUCGAGUUCUUCGAGUUCAGCACGAGAGCUACGAGGAGCUUCCAACUUCUGCUGAUGCCGAGCGAACCUUUUGGCCGACGCUUCAGGGCCUGGAAAUUCAAUUCGCCACGCCUUUGCCUCCGGCGUGGCUCUGCGAGCUGCGGGGACUCCGCCGCCUGGAUAUCUCUGCCACCGACCGCGGUGCGAUGAUUGCGCUACCGACCUGCUUGGGCAACCUGACCGAGCUGAUCCAUCUCAACGUGGUGAGAAACAACCUGAGAGGCGUUUCGUCCCUGCCUUCGUCUCUUCACUUGCUCUCGGAGCUCCGCAGCUUUGAGGCUUUCGAGAAUGGCGCUACUGGGGAGAUGUGUGAUGCUCAGGUGCCCGAAAGGGAGCUGUGCGUGCCCGGCUAUGUCGCGAGGUCCGAGGGAGAGCGCCCUAACUGGCGAUGUCCGCAAGCCGGGUGGAAGAUACGGCUGGAGGAUCGCAGCCUACCAUGGUGGCAUUGGCGGAAGAUAGAGAAGAUGCACAUCGAUGCCAACUUCAUCUUCGGAAACAUUCCAGACGAUAUUCCCGACUAUUGGCCGCGGCUGAGAUCGCUGGAUCUUCAUGAUCUUCAGCUCACUGGACCCCUUCCUCGAUCCUUGGUGCGGCUGGAGAAUUUGACGCAGCUCCAGGUGCAGCUGAACGACUUGGAGUGCGGCGUUGGUGAAGAGGACGUCGUGGCCGAGCUCCUCCGACUCCCGAAGAUGCGCACUCUCAACGUGGAUGCGAAUCCUCGGCUUUGCGGCUGCGUGCCUUCUCGGACCAGAGUGGAUCUCAAUGCCCAAGUCGGUGAGACCCAGAUUGAGGUCGGCUGCAGCGAGAAGGGGGAAUUAUGA